GCAGAUGCACCACAAAUGUUACCUGACUCUGGUCCUUCUAACAAACAGUGAUGGGAAAUCCGGGGCAAAGAAUGUGUUGUUUUCACUAAUACUGCUCUUUAAAUCUCAGACGAUAAAGUGUCAGCUAAUUACCCCCUGGGUCCCCGGCUUUCACUGAGGCCUUCUAAAAUACACAAAACCAAAAUGAAGGCAGGACACCAUUAGCACUACAUAAUUCAAGCAAACAAGGAAUGUGUUUACUCUGCCUGGCUACUGACCACCUGCCUUCCCAUCCCACAAGGCAGGUAUCUAUAUAUAGCAUCUCCCUGUUCACAGUCCUGCAGAGAGUGAACGUCUUUUGGGGCCUCACCAUCUGUGAAUCUGCAAGAAGCUUCGGCCCCGACAGCAUGCAUCUUCCCUUUCUUCAGCUGCUGCUGCUUCUGCCUCUAGGGAAGGCUGCAAGGCACGGGGAUGGCCGCCAGAGUCAGAAUUCUGUUUCUCUCUUGCUCCUAGAAAGGCAUCGCAGAGAGCUGUCCUUGGGCAACCAUGAGGAAGCUGAGGAGAAGCCAGAUCUGUUUGUGGCAGUGCCACACCUAAUAGGUGCCAGCACUGCAGGGGAAGGCCAGAGGCAGAGAGAAAAGAUGCUGUCCAGGUUUGGGAGGUUCUGGAAGAAGCCUGAGAGAGAGCUGCACCCACCCCAGGGCUCAGUCAGUGAGCAAUUCUUCCCUGGGACCCAGGGUCUCACUCAACCAGAGGAUGGGAUGCCAAUGGAGAAACCUCCUCUUCGGGAAGAAGCCAAGAAAUUCUGGCACCAUUUCAUGUUCAGAAUGAGUCCAGCUUCUCAGGGGAUCAUCCUGCCCAUCAAAAGCCAUGAAGUGCAUCGGGAGACCUGUAGGACGGUGCCCUUCAGCCAGACUAUCACCCAUGAAGACUGUGAGAAAGUGGUUGUACAGAACAACCUUUGCUUUGGAAAAUGCGGGUCUGUUCGUUUUCCUGAAGCUGCGCAGCGCCCCUACACCUUCUGCUCCCGCUGCCUGCCUGCCAAGUUCACCACGACGCACUUGCAGCUCAACUGCACUGGCCUGGCCCCCGUGGUCAAGCUGGUGAUGCUGGUGGAGGGGUGUCAGUGCAAGGCGAAGCCAGAGCAACAGCAUGGCCACCCCGAACAGGCUGGCUUUCAGGCAGAAUUUCACGUCCAGGAUCCCUUUAUCCCAGGACUUUCAACAUAAAAAAAGCCAUCCCGCUAUUAUCAGCAAAGUUGCUGGUUAUUCAGUCUGAAAUGUUAAGUGGGUAGGUAAUAUUUUAAGAGAAAUGUGGUUUACAAAGUAAGAACGAUUUAGAGGUCAUGGCAUUCAUCUAGUUACCGGUGCACAUUUGGGAUCUGGUCUUGACUCUGCCACUAACUGGCUAUAGGAUGUUAACAAGUUACAGAAGCUUUCUCCCCCUUACAUUUUUCAUCCAUAAAGGAGGGACUUGAACUAGAUGAUUGCUAAGGUCCUUUCCAGUACUAAUAUUACAUGAUCUAUUGUCUACAAGUUUUGGUAAAAGCCUUCCAUCUGAAGAAGGAAAAGAAACUAGACCAUAAAAAUGGGUUUCUUUAAUAGCUUGUCAAAGCAUUAGCAAAAAACUAUAUGUAUAUAUUUAUACAUAUAUGUAUAUAUGCAUGUAUAUAUACAUAUCUCUAUGGUAUUUGUAGAAAGGAUUCCUCAUACUUAUAGCUGCCUUUGCCCUCAGGCCGUGUUUUAUUUGACUUCUAUCAGAUGAUUAAGUAGUUCCACAGAUAGAAGGAGUAACUUGUUUGGUUGCCUCCUUAUUUUUGAUACUCCCCAUAUGAAAUUCUUGAUGUCAGAUCUCCAGCUUUGAAGAAGGAACACUGACGUUACUUUUAGUGGUUUACAUAGGGAUAAGGAACAAUCAUCAGUAGCCAAACUAGUACUUAAAUUAUGGGGAAGGAAAAAUAUAUGACCAGUACCAGGUUUAAAGGUCAAUCCAGAAAUGCUAAUGCAAGUGACCAAGGAAUUCUAGUAGCUGUCAAAUUAAAUAAACUGCAAAUGAUUUAAAAUUUAAAAAACAAUUUACAGGUGAAAUCCUUAUCCACAUGCAUUUUGGAUUAGGUUGUUUAGUAAGGGUUCUGUGUUUGAAUGACUGUGUUUUUGCUACUGUAUAAAAACUCCGUAUUACAAAUUUUAUUUGCCAAUGUCACAGUUGCAA